GCUAUUGCAAGGCAGGCAGGACAGUUUUGUAGCAGGUGGAGCUGUCCAAAUGCAGGAUCUGUCAGGUGAACGGGAGGAUAUGCGUGAUGAGUCGAUAUAAGGAACGCGCUUUAACGAAACAGACAGAAGUCUGCUUUGCAACGAAAUUUGGCAAAACAUAAACAAGGAUGUUUAGUGUUUGUUAAAUUCGUUAUAUUUUUUGUUUAUCACUCGUGUCGCUUUGGUUGUAAAAACAAGUACAAGCAAUUUAGCACUAAACUUCCUACUAAAACGUGCAGGUAGGAACACAUUUGUUACAUCAUAAUGUAGUGGGGAUUUGAUCGUUGACAAUGACGAUUAAGACGGUCAUUUUCUGAAUAGAAUCGUUCUUUGACAUAUCAUUCUACAAAGAAGAAAAAUGUAUAUUGAAUAAUAUAAACAAAAUGGAUUUACCAUUAAAUACCAGUGGAAUCAACGCGUCUCUUCUCGUCUUACCGGAUUCAACAUCCUCGGGAGUCGGUCAGUAUUCCAUGCCUGCUAUAGCGAGCCUGGCAGCAUUAGUAAGUUUCCUCAUUAUAUUUACCAUUGUUGGGAACGUCUUUGUUGUAAUCGCAGUACUCACAAGCAGGGCGCUCAGAGCUCCACAGAAUCUUUUCCUGGUUUCUUUAGCCAGCGCAGACAUCCUAGUCGCUACCCUUGUUAUGCCAUUUUCACUGGCUAAUGAACUCAUGGGCUACUGGUUUUUUGGAAGUGCGUGGUGCGAUGUUUACUUAGCUUUGGAUGUUUUGUUUUGCACUUCGUCAAUAGUGCACCUGUGUGCAAUAAGCUUAGAUCGAUACUGGUCGGUGACCCAAGCCAUUGAAUACAACCUCAAAAGGACCCCUAAAAGAGUGAAAUGUAUAAUAGUAGUAGUAUGGUUGAUUUCUGCUGUAAUAUCCUUCCCACCUUUAAUCUCUAUGGACAGAGACCCUGAAGAUGACGUUUACCCUCAGUGUAAACUGAAUGACGAGACAUGGUACAUUCUGUCGUCUUGCAUAGGUUCGUUUUUUGCUCCUUGUGUUAUUAUGAUAUUGGUGUACAUAAGAAUAUACCAAGUAGCAAAACAAAGAACAAGGACUAUAUCUGAGAAAAAACAAGGGGCAGACAGCUCUUCUCAAACUGACAAUGGACUGCGCAGAGGCGCCUCACUUCAAGCAAAUGGGGAAAAAGAAAAUGGACAUUGCCCAUCUCAGCCCAAGGAGACCAAACCCCAGGAGGUAGAUGACAUAGACUUAGAGGAGAGCAGCUCGUCCAAUGGGAAAAGUAAAAGGGCUCAGGACACAAACUCCAAGAAGGACAGAAGAAGUGGCAGGAAAAACAGUUCUUUGUCCAAGCAAUCUAGUCGCGUUUCUAGGUCUAGCAACAAGUCCAUUGAUUUGUUUUCUUCAAGGCGAAAAAGAAGCACAGUUUGCAGGAAGAAAAUCUCCCAAGCCAGAGAAAAAAGAUUCACAUUCGUCCUGGCUGUUGUAAUGGGCGUGUUUGUUGUCUGCUGGUUUCCGUUCUUUUUCAGUUACAGCUUGUAUGGCAUUUGCAGAGAAGCCUGUGAAGCGCCAGAAAUUGUAUUUAAGUUUUUCUUUUGGAUCGGUUACUGUAAUAGCUCUUUAAACCCGGUCAUUUAUACAAUUUUUAACCAGGAUUUCAGAAGAGCCUUUAAAAAAAUACUCUGCAAGAGAUGGAAAAAAACGUUUUAAACUGUCAGAUGUACCGUAAUAAACUGUGCCGUAAGCGUUGUAUAUAUUCUAAAUGAGAAGAAUCUGUCACGUUCUGGAUGUAUUAAGGUGAUUCAUGACCUUGACAAUCUAUAGACUGAUGAAGAUAUUUAAAUAUGUUCUAUUUUAAGCACAGCCAUGUUAAGAAUGGUAAACCCGACAAAUGUUUCUGUAAAUAUUGUCAAGUUGUAAUUGCUGUAAAUAACAUGACUUGAAGAUGGGAUGCAACUGUAUGCUUAUUUACUAUUUUAUGCCAUUCACUGUACAUUUAGGCAGAUACAUGUGGUUAUAACUAUAUGCAUGCAGUAUUUGAAGUUUCUUUUUCUGCAAUGUCUCAUCUUUAACAAGGCUGAAAGGUUUUAGUCUCAUCUUAUUAAUAAUAUUCCAUAUUUGCUCUGAAAAACCUCUUCAUUACAUUUACAAGCAUAUACAACCCUCUCUCUUACAGGUACAUUGCUGCCAAAGUUCAAUGAGGUAUUUUUUCCUAAAAAGGCUAUAAAUAUUACUAUAGAUUGCCCAAAUGACACAAUUGUUUGUACUGCUUUUGGUUUUCUAUACUUAUCUUUGAUUGGUUUUCUUUCAGUAUUUAUUGUUUAUAUUGCAGGCAAACUGAAACAACAAACAAUGUGUCAGCACCAUUUUGCAUUUAGUUUUCUUAAGACAUGUUUCACGAAGAUGAAAAACUAUGCAGUUAAGCUGUUAUAUAAAAGAGGGUUUAUCCCACAGUAGGAAAAAAAAUCUUUUUUUGGUCUUUGUUGAUGGAUUUGACAAAGCAUGCAUGUAAUAACACUGUCAGUAAGGUGGUCAUUAUGUUACUAGGUGUUUACAUAGAUAUAUAUGUAUUCCUGUCCAUUCUUUGAUUAUGGCACUAGGUGUUUACAUUGAUAUAGAUGUAUUCAUGUUCAUUCUUUGAUUGCCACUUCUAAUUCUGUGAAGUUGGUGUGUAAAUCUGUUUUUUCAAAAUGUCCUAAUAAAGUUAUCACUGCCUACUGAGAGGUUACUAAUAAUCAGAUUGCCUUAUAUUUUCAGGAUGGAAUUUGCAUAAAAGGUGUUUUCAAUUUAUAUAAAAAUAUUACAAAAAAUACUGGUACAGUAUGCACAAAAAAAAUAAAAAAAAAUACAAAGUGACCUACAGUACAUCAAAAUCCAGGCGUAGCUCUAAAAUAAUUACAGUUACCAGAUGUGACGAAUGUACCACAUUUCUAUUUAAAUUUUUGUCAGUAUUUUGGAUCUAGAGCUUGUUUCAGACAGCCCAGAGUCCCUAGCUAUUCAGACACCUAUACUGAGGCAUUCUAAAACCUGUUAUUUCGUUUUGAUUGGAAUUAUUUUUUUAUCUCUUGUAAAUUAAC